AGUGCUGGUGCAUAACUUGAUCUUCAUUUAAAAAAAUGCCCAGAGAAAACUUCCUGCAGGUUCAGAUGCCAGAGAAAGAGCACACCUUUCUUCAAGUUCCUGUGGUACCAAAGAGCCACUUACAGAUCAUGGAUGAACGGAUAACUAACCAGGAAAGGACUACUGCAAUACUUCUGGAGCAGGCUUUUCAGAUAAAAGAAGAUAUCAUUACCCACUUGAGAGGAAACAAAGGCAACUACCCAGUAGAGAAAGUAUCCCCACAGCUGCUGGAAAACCACAUACAAGUUAUAACUAGCAUUCUCAAACAACUAAGUACUGACAUAGAGGUUCUGGAAGAACAGAUCAGAACAAGAGAUGGUGUGACUGCAGGAACUAGCUUUGCAGUUCAGAGCCUGGACCACAAGCAAUUGGCUGGUAUAGGGGACCUCCGUGGAAGAGUUGCCAGGUGUGACGCCAGUAUCUCCAAGCUUGCUGGGGAUGUCAGUGUAACCAGGAAUGAGAUUCAAAAAGUAAAGAAAGAAGUUCAAGUUACUAAGUCUUCCCUCGAAGUGCAAAUGAAAGAAUUGGAAAUUAAGGCUGGUAAAACAUUUUUCCCAUUAAAUUAUGUGAUACAACUUCUGAGCAAAGUAGAUAGCUCUAAAUGUGAGUACAAUACAAACUUAAAGACUACAAGAGGAGAGCUACAACAUGAACUUCAACGUCUAGAUUUCAAGAUUACUACUGCAUUCACUGAGAUGCAUGCACAGAUACAAAAUCAGCAGAAGUGGGCAGAAUACAAAUUGGACAAAACAGAGAACAAACAAGGACAGAAAGUAGAUCACUUCUUACAUUUUAUGCAAGAGAAAACUGAACUGAUGGAGAAGAAAAUACUAGAGAGACUUAACCAGAUCUCUGUGAGACUAGAAAAGCUAGAAAACAGACAAAAUCUAGAUGUUGAAUCCAACAGAAUGAAGUACUCUGAAACAAAGAUCAAUGCAAAACUUGCCAAAGUCGAAAAGACCAUCUGGUACGAGUUAGAAAGCAUAAAGAAUGAAUACAGAGAAGGGUUUCAAUCUAUUAAGGAAUCAAUCAAUUCACUGAGUAAGAUCAGUGAUAAGAAGAUAGAAAUUGACAAAGAGAAGGUCCAGAAAGACUUGAAACAAAUUAGGCGGCAGAUAAUUGAUCUUAAAAGCUAUCCAUAA